AUGAAAGCUUUAACAAAGCUGUUGUGUUUCUCAAACGAAAUCGUGGGCGAUGUGGUGGAGCUCCUCCCCAAACUGCUCCGAUUAAUGGUGCUAGCCAUCUGCAGUCUGUGGAAGCAUUGGAAGCACACAACCUCCACCUACAAAUACGCCUCCAUCAUCAACACCAAAACCUCCAAUUUCGCAAUCUCCGAUAGCGAAUAUUGCUGCACCAUCUGCCUCUCGGAGUUUGCGAGGGGAGACGAAGCGGCGGAGCUCGUGGAUUGCCGCCACGUGUUCCACCGGCGCUGCCUGGAGCGGUGGCUGCGGUGCCACCGCGCCACGUGCCCGCUGUGCCGGAGCGUGGUGGUGCCGGAGGCCGUCGUGGAGGAGUACCGCCGCACGCGGAUGGAUCGAGAAAGCGAUGAUGGGAUUCACAAGGAGCUGGCCCACAUCUUGUUCAAGGUUUUGCAUGAUCGCACCCGUCGCCAUCGAUUCUUUUUCUAG